GUUGAAUUAUUGUUUUUCUAUAAGAUACUUCUAAUGAUAUCGUUAUAUCACUAACUACAUUUAAGAUCUUAAAAUACAGUCAGUGAUUAUUAAGCAAUGCACCCACAAAGCGAGAUAUUCUAAAUGGCAGGCUCUACUUGAUCUUGAAAGGGUGCCAAAAAAACGCAGAUUGUUACUUGAUGAUGACCACGUCGGAACAUAAACUUGCAAAUCUAGGGAUGAAAGAGUUCGAAAAUGUGCGCGUUUGCGUUUAAUCAUGUCACUUCUCGAAUGGCCUGUCGACGUUGCAUACAUACACGCGCUGUAUUGCACAUACCGUAGAAGGACUAUCUGCCACGAACGCCUUCCCAGCCCUGGUGUCAAGCUGGCUCUGAGCCUCUGCGCUAAUCUUUCGAAAUGGUGCCAGAGUAGCAAUGAGCUCAAGCACUGGCUUCAUUCUCCUAAGGAUCUUGCAACCUUUACCGACGCUCGCCUUUCAGACAUGUACCACCUAAACCAUUAGUACAUUCUCCAUAUGUCCUACCGCACCGUUAUGUAGCGAAGAUAAGAUAAACGUCUAUCCUCACGCACCCUCCCGUCAAGUCGCGAGUGGCCACUCCAUGUGUACCUUUUUAGGUACGAAGGACUGCAAAGCACGGCCGACGACUGGUGUGACACCGAGACGCUGUAGUCCGUAAAAAGCACCCUCCACAGCCCAAUCGCCAGUAUUUUUUCAGCCGCAUAGCCAGGCGAGUCGAUAUUAAACCUGUCGUGACGCUUCAAAACGUGCACAAAUGGGAUUGAAUUCUCAACGUAGUUUUUUCUUGCAUCUAAAGAAAUCAUCAACAUCAUUGUGUUGGUACACGUCAUUGUCGGGACAUGACAAACCGUUGAUGUAUCAUGUUGGUAGUAGCAGCCAUGAUUUUCUUUUUUGUCUGAGCAGUUUAAAGAAAAACGUGAACAAAAAAGUGCAGAGACUUAAGGUUGUUGGAAUUAAGAAUGGAAGAGUCGGAGACUUUGAUGGUUUUUAUAGUGUUUGAUGCACUAAACGUUCGAUUGGAUUCCCUUGCCUGGAACCAAACGGCUUUUGGGAUUGAAGGCCGGGGGCCAAAAUUAUAGUCCAGGAUCGAGUCCCGUUUCUGGAGCUUCUCUUGCUGGCGUGCGCUCUGUCCGCAGCCGCAAGGGCAACUCUCAUUCGCUGAAUUCCUACGCACGACUUUGACAUUCUCGUCUGUCGGCACGCAACGCGCGCCUUGCUGUAGAUACUGUCCAGGCUGUGUGCGAUCGGAACCAUUUCCCAUUUUAGGACGUCAGCCAGUCUAUAAAUUCGCGCAGACUGUAAGAGACUACACUUUGUUUGAGCGACAGCAGCUUUUUAUACGAGCUCUGCCACUCGCUGUACUUCGAGAACGAUCACAUUACAUACACAAGAGCCAUUGAAUCGAGAGCGUUGGGGGGCACGCCUUGCUCGAAUCGGUCAAUUACUCGUGCAUUGCUUAAUUAAGCCUUUCAUGGUCACUUCUGUCCCACCCCCUGCGAUUACUACGCAACCAAUGCCCAGACUAGACACCUCGACUACAAAUACCAACACUCGAUCGCCAAAUAAAGAGCUCGUUAGCGCUAUGUUUCAUCAUUAUGCGAUCAAUCUUCCUCUUAUGACUCCACCCGUCGUCAGUGAUAGAACAAGUCUUACAAAUAGCAGUACUGAACCAUCACCUCAAGCUACAAGUAUGGAAUUCAAGGCUUUAUACGAAACAAGAAGUCGAGAUCAAGAUCAUGAACCAGAAGAACAAGACGAAAGUUGGAAUCACGAGAUUGAUGAAGCCGAAGAGCUUCGAGAGACGCUACUUCGACGAUCUACA